AUGGCCAUGUACCAGGCAGCUGUCUCCAAGCGAGAGGACAACACCUUCUCCAGCGGGGUCAUGGAGGAGUCGGAGGUCUGUUCCCUGCCUGGGGGACUUGCCAGUGUGAGGAAACAAUUUGAGACCCAGGAAACUGCAACAUCGCACAAUGUAACCCAGUACCAUUUCCAUCACAGAUCUGUGCAGGAAAUGUCAAACUCGGAGGUGACAAUGACGAGCAGUUCCAGGCAAGUCGUCCCCAGCAGUCAGCAGCUGAAUUUCAACCAAGAAGCGAUGGUGACAUACAGUGACAAUAACUUGGCAUCCAGUUAUGAAAACCAUAAAGGUGAAACAGAAGAAGAGUUUCCCAGGUACACUACAAAAGAGCUGAGGGAUCACUUUGAAAGAACCAUAGAAGAGGCUGCUCCAAGCAAACAAAUCAAGAUUUCUCGUGACAUCAAUCGAUCUAAGUGGUCCUCAAAUGUGGCACAAAAGGCUGAAACUUAUGAGAUGUAUGAAGCAUCAGCCACUGAAGCAACUGAAAACACGACUGCUGCAGUUAUGGAUUAUGAGGACUUUCCACCCCCACCCACCGAGGAUUCUGAUUAUCUUCCACCCCCACCACCAGAUUUACUACAAAUGCCAUCAGACAGUCCAAAUAUUCCAGAGUGCUAUUACUCUCCUGAACCACCAGAACCUACUUACUCCUCCAAAUACCCAGUCAACAGAGCGGCUUACUUCAAGCAGAGGAAUAUGUAUGAGCUGAAACGCCUUUACAAGCACAUUCAUCCUGAGGUUCGUAAGAAUAUUGAGAAAGAGCUCUGCAGUGAUGAGGCUGAAAUUGAGAACGACCAGAUAGAGAGUCAAGAGUACAUGUAUGAGGAUGAUGGCAGCUUGAGCCCAGACCAAGAUUACACAGAGUGGGAGGAGAUUCUUCCCGGAGAAGUACAGUCGAUGCGUUGGAUGUUUGAAAACAAGCCACUGGACACCAUCAAAGAUGAAUCUCCAGAUGAAGAUGAGGACAAUAACAAAAUAACUGAACAGGAAAUCAUAGUUGGAAAAGAUGUGAGACGCACAGCUUGGAUGUUUGAGACCAAGCCCAUGGACCAACUGGGCUCACAAAAUAUCAACUCAACAGAAUAUAAAAACAAAUUCAACAAAUUAGACAAAGGAGAUGUCCGUGCUGCAGCAUGGCUGUUUGAAACCCAAACAAUGGACAAUCUAAAUAAAAGGCAUGUGGAGGAAGAUCUAACAAAAGAGAUUGUAUUCUCCGAAGAGGAUGGGAAUGCUACCAUUUACAUGAUUGACAACAAGUGCAUGGAAACCUUGGGCCACACUGAGACCAUUGAUGAAAGUCACCUUCUCAUUCUAAGGUCAGUGUUAGAGGAAAUUAAUGGUGAAACGAAGACCAUAACAAGUACAUUUGAUACUCAGUUCAAAUGCAUCCUUAUGGGACAGUCCAGCCAGAUGCUAGAGAUCCAAUCUGUGCGCAAAAUUGAAACUGAAUUGGAGAAUUCCAUCGCCUCACGUUGGCUUUUUGAUACCCAACCCCUGGACAUGACAAAAAGAGAUUCUACCCCUUUGAAACUUGUGUGUAGUCUUUCCAUGGAGGACAGCAAUAAGGGAGAUUGGGGAAGGUGGCUGUUUGAGAUAAAGACCUUAAAUUCUCUCAAUGAAUGGGAGAGCUCAAACAUGCAAAAGGAAGAGAUCAUUGGAGCUGAUGUACGUAAGCACUGUUUAGUGUUUGAGACUCAGCCAAUGGAUUCUCUGAAGGAUGACUCCAAUGCCAAACCUCAAACUAUUGAAGAAAUUAUUGGAGGCAAUGUUAGAUCUGCGAGACACUUUUUUGAAAGCAGCCCUCAAUUAGUGAGGAAGAAUGGCCCCGAGGUUGGAAAACUUAAAAAGACAACAAUGAAUGAAGAGGAAAAAGGAGAUGUGAGACACCAAAAGUGGCGCUUUGAGAGUCAGCCACUGGAGCACAUCAGAGAGGAGGAGAAAGAGGUUAUUCGCACUGUCAAUGUUGAGGAAGACCUCACCCAAGACAAUGGCACCAGCUGCAGGGCAGAUGUUCGUAAGAACUGCUGGGUGUUUGAGACACAGCCAAUGGAUAGUUUAAAAGAUGAUUCAAAUGCUCGACCCACGACAAAAGAGGAAAUAAUUGCAGGUAAUGUCAGAUCAGCAAGACAUUAUUUUGAAACAAUGCCAGCUGACGAACUGAAGGAGCUUGCAGAGGUGGGGAAACUGAAAAAAACAGUAGCACUCAGUGAGGAAAGGGGCGAUGUGAGACACCAGAAGUGGAAAUUUGAAAGCCAGCCCUUAGAGCAGAUUAGAGAGGAAAAGAAAGAAGUCAUCCGGACAAUAGACCUGGAAGAAAUUGAUAAGGUGGAUGUGUUGAACUACAAACAAAUCUUUGAGACAACAGAUUUGAGCAGAAGGGAUGAAUCUCAUAAGAUUCUCAUAGAGGGUGUAUCCUCUGGCGCUGUGAGCUCAAAUAAAAAUCUCUUCGAGUCUACACCAUUGUAUGCCAUGCAAGAUAGCUCCGGGCAUUUCCAUGAGGUGAAAACAGUGCGCCGUGAAGAAGUUGUGAAAGGAGAUGUAACAACUUACAAAUGGAUGUUUGAAACACGUCCAAUUGACCAGUUUGAUGAAAGCGAUAGAGAAUACCAAAUUAUCAAGGGUAUAUCGAAACAAGAAGUAGAAUCUGGUGAUGUUAAAACUGCCAAAUGGUUGUUUGAAACGCAGCCUCUCGAUGCUAUUAAGUACUUCAGCAACAUUGAAGAUGAGGAAAUUGUAGGGACAAAUAAAACUACUGAUGUUGUGAGAGGUGAUGUGAAAACCUGCAAGUGGCUAUUUGAAACAAAACCAAUGGACGUUCUCUAUGAAAGAGUGGAGUUAAAGAGUGAAAAUGACUCUGAGGAAAUACACAAGGGAGAUGUCAAAACUUGCACAUGGCUGUUUGAGACACAAGCACUUGAUACUAUCCAUGAUGAGACGGAAAAAGUUCUGAAAACAUGCACUGUGAAUGAAGAGGACAUUAGGGGCAAAGAUGUAAGAACGGCUUGUUUUCUUUUUGAAACGGAGAAACUUGAGAACCUCACUGGGGAGGAAAGGGGCUCUUUUAAGCAAGUCACCGAGAUUGACAUUGAGUCUGGAGAUGUGUCAAGGAUGAAGUAUAUCUUUGAAAACCAAACAUCUGAUAUCAUGACGUCUACAUCUGAGGAAACAAUGCAAAAACUAAAAACUGUUCAGUCUGAGGACAUUCAGAAGGGAAAUGUGGUGAACUGCAAAUGGCUAUUUGAAAACCAGUCCACCAUACAUGAUAGCCAGGAGGAGUCCAUGAGCAGUCGCACUGUGAGUGAUGUACAAGGAGGUAAUGUUGACAAGGGCCGCUUCAUUUUUGAAACCUAUUCUUUGGAUAAAAUUCAGGAGGCAUCCUCGGAGACAGAGACAGAAAUGAUAAAAAUGCAAAAAAUUGUUUGUGAUGAAGAUGAGAAGGGAGAUGUGAGAAACUACACCAUGAUGUUUGAAACUCAGCCACUUUAUGCCAUCCAGGACAAAGAGGGUCAUUACCAUGAGGUCACCACUGUGACAAAUGAAGAAAUAAUGCGAGGAGAUGUGGUUGGAUCCCGAUGGCUGUUUGAAACCAAGCCCCUUGACUCUAUAAGGGACACAGAUGAGGUUUAUGUCAUCAAAUCUGUCAUACAAGAGGAUGUGCAAAAAGGAGAUGUCACUUCUGCCAAAUGGAAAUUUGAAACACAACCUCUUGAUAGUAUUGCAGAGGAAAAGAGGGUUUUGGUUAAAACUGUAGAUGACAUUCAAGGAGGCGAUGUUAGAAUGAAUAAACAUUGGUUUGAGUCAGACGCCUUAUCACAGGAGUCUGUUAGAACAGUCAAUGUGAGUGAAAUACAAAAAGGUGAUGUCCGGACAGCAAAAUGGAGAUUUGAAACCCAGUCCAUUGACAAAAUAAGAAGCAUGAGCUCUGAAAAUCUGGUUGAAACAGUUAAAAAGGAGGAGGUUGCAAAGGGAGAUGUCAAACAAUCUGUGUGGCUUUUCGAAAAAAAUCCCCUUGACCACAUUAAAGAGGCAGAUGAGGGCGAAGACACAACCAUCACUCGUGAGGAAAUUCCCAAAGCAGAUGUGAAGACCACAACAUGGCUGUUUGAAACAACGCCAUUUGAUUACUUUAAUGAGUCAAGUGUGGAGAAGACUGAAAUCAUGGGUAAGAGUAUCAAGAGAACCCUUGAGGAGCUUUAUAGCCAGAAAAUGGUGAACUCAAAAGGAAUACUCAUUGAGGCAAAUGAAAUUGGUGAUGUUAGAAUGGCAAAAUAUCAGCUAAUGAAUAAGCAGGCUCCACAGAUUCAAAGAGAGGAAGUCAUCAGGGGGGAUCUGCAGAGCAUUAUGAUGAACCUUUUGAACAGGCGGGAGAGAGAGGAGAGGCAGAUAGUAAUAGAUUCAGAAGAGAAGGGUGACAUCAGUUCAACUGUGCACCAACUGUUCAACCAAGAGAGGGGCAACAGUGUGGAAAAGGAGGAGAUUUUAAGAGGUGACAUUCAAGAAGCUGUAAAUAACCUUCUCAAGGAGGGAGGGUCAGCUAAACGUGGAAUACUCAUCCAGGAGGAUGAGAAAGGAGACAUACGGAUGACAAUAUAUUCCCUCCUGAAUAAACAAGAGAGUGCCACUUUUGAAAAAGAAGAUAUCAUAAGAGGGGAUAUAAAAAGUGCUCUGCAACGACUGUCUAGUCAAGACAAUCCAGAUCAGACAGUGAAGAUAAAGGUAGAUGACACUGAAAAAGGAAAUGUCAACUUUUACUCCACGUGCAUUGAAUCUGGGGCUCUUGACUAUCUUAAACAACUGCAUUUAGAGGAUGAAGAAUCUCCACCUGAGAAAGUAGAGAAAGAGAAGAUUCUUGGAGGCGACAUCAAGAACACCAAACUCAUCCUUUGUAGUAAUCAAACACAAAUUGAACGCACAGUAGAGGAUAUUGUUCCUGGUGAUGUUCACAGCACAGUUAAAGUUUUCAUGUCUGAGCCAAUAGUCUCACUGGAGGGACUCCAAAAGGAAGAAAUAGUCAAAGGUGAUUUGAAAGCUGCUUUGAAUUCUCUGUCUGAAUCCGUGAAUCAGACAGUGGUCCUAGAGAAAGAGGAGGUGGUGAAAGGCAACAUACCAAAGGCUCUGCGGUGCCUGGAGAAGGCUCAAAAGCAGCACAAGGAGGUAGAGAAGCCAGAUAUUAUACGGGGCAAUAUCAAAGGAGCUCUAAGAUCCCUUGAGAAAUCAUCAGCUUCGAAAGUUGAAGCCGUCAUUGAGGAUUUAGUUCCUGGAGAUGUCAAGGCCACUCUAAAAUCUUUGGAGCAGGCAAAACAAGCAGUGAGGGAAGUUGAAAAGGAAGAAAUUGUGAAGGGUGAUAUUCACACAGCAAUGCAGUGUUUACAGGAGGCUUCCAGUGAAAAGAGAACGUGUCAGCAGGAAAUAGAUGUUCAGGGAGAUGUCAGAGGAACGAUUCAACUCUUACUGGAGCCUCAACUUUCACCAAGAAUGCAGAGGAGGGCAAGCCUUGAGGAUGAUGUAAAGGGAGAUGUAAAGAUGUCAAUUAAGUCAUUAUACGAGACGCAGGAGCAAACUCAGUUGGAAAAAGAAGAGGUGAUAAAGGGAGACGUUAAAGGCACUAUCAAGUCAUUGUUGGCAACAGCACAGCGUGAAAAUACAAAAGUAAGACUUGGAGCCAAAAGAAGAGUCAGAGUGAAACAGAGCCCCGCGGUGAAAAACCUAAAAGUUGAUGCACAGAGGAAUAUACAAAAGAUAAAAACAGCUACCGUGGACGAAACAGCAAAAGAAAAUCACUCCCAAUCCAGUGAAACUCGAAGUGUUAGAACAUCUACUCAGCAAUCAACAACAGUCGUGGAACACAAAACUAUAACCCAGAAUCAUGGCAUCAAGACACUGAAGACAGAGUUCCGUAAUCUCAAUUCAAAUCCCAAGGGAAUGAUAAAAUUAGAUAAAACCAAAGUGAAAAGAGAUGUUUACACCCCAAAGCCACAAGUUCCAGAACCUGAUCUGCCUCUGCCUCCUCCACCUCCACCAGUGGCAGACACUGACCUUCCUCCUCCUCCCACUCCUCCUCCUCCAUCAGUUGACUCUGACAUUGAUCACCUUCCUCCUCCACCACCACCGCUCACUAGCGAGCAGGACUUCCUCCCGCCUCCUCCCUCUCAACAAGAACUGGACAGCAUACCGUCACAGGAAAUUCACCCUGCGCCGGCAAAGGCAACAAAAAUGACUGUCAAAAAAGUGAAAGCUCCCGCACUGCACCCAGUCCCAAAGCUCGAGCCUAAAGUGCAACUCAGCAAAACACAACAGGUAACAUCUGAGACUGUCACAACCAACAAAUCAGUUAUAGAAAUGAGUCAAAUUGAAUCUAAAACAUCGAAAACAGUUUCAUGUGAAAUCCCCCCACCACCUGAAUCACCACGGCCACAAAAGAAAGUUUACAUCUCUCCUGUAAAGUUCACGCCUCCGCCCUCCCCUCCUCCUUUCAUGAGAGGGAAGAUGAGUAAAUUUAACACUCCAUUAAUAAAGGCAGAGGAAAAGUACCGGAAGCUGAGGGAGGAAAAUACACCCCCAACUACUCCAACUCCCACUUACAUACAUGAUUCAGUCACCGCUGCUCUUGAAAUGCUUUCCACCAAAGAUACAGAGCAAUCAAAGAACAGUACAUCAGAUUUUGCUGAGGAGAAAGCUGUAAUGGCUGUGUUAAACGUUCAGUCAGACUCACUAACUGCUGAGUCAUCUAAGCAUGUUGCAAUCGCAGAUACUACACAAAUCAAUGCCACUGUUAAUGAUAAAAAUGUGAAAAAUCUCCCAGCACCUACAAUUAUGUUGUCUGCUAAACAGCAAAUUGAGACUUCUAGUGUUGCCUCUGUUCACCAGACCUCAUCUGUUUCAACCAUUACACAACAGAUGCUUACGACGGCACAGAAAAUAGUCUCUGUUUCGUCCAAACAGUCUGCUCAGUCUGCUGUCACUGACAAAGUCCAGACUUCAGUCAGAGAUGUUAAAACAGCGGAGAGCCUAACCACUGAAAGUAAGAAAGAAUUCAAAAAUCUGAAAACAAAGGGCUCCAACAAAUCUGAGGAUAAAAAGAAAAACGAAAAACUAAUUCUGUCUGAGAAAAUCCCUGUUCAACCAGUAAAACCUGAAACUGUCACUACUGAGGAGGAUUUAAAUUCAAGCAAAUCAAAAUCUGAAGAUAAGAAGAAAAAAGAUAAUACAGCACCAGAAGUACCUGAUCACCACCACAAUCAGCCUGCAGAAAAGGAGAAAGUGGCUACAGACAAGAAGGAAAAUGAUAGUUUUGUUAGCCAGGGCCAGGAGAAAGCUUCUGAUCCUCCAGUGAAUGCAGAAAAUGUAGCUGCAAGUGAAAAAGCAGGAAAAUCAACCCAAAAGGUGAAAAAGGGUAAUGAGCAAGAAAUGCAAGUUGAAAAGAAAGAAACCAAAAAGGCAAAUGAGACUAAGAAAACAGUUAUAUCGCAGGAUUUGAAGGCAGACGUGAAGGAAGAUGUUCAGGUGAAAGUGAUCACUGAAGAAAAAGAAGAGUUAAAGAAGGUUAAGAAAGGUGGUCCCUCCCCUGCUGCUGCUCCCACUGAGCCUCCUGUUGCUCCUACUGCUGCCAGCAUCACUGACAAACAACCUGCCACUCCAGCCCCAGCAAAAAAGAAAAAGAAGUCCAAAAGGUCCAAAAAUGGUGCACAGUCAAAUCACAGUAAAGAUACACCCACAGAGUCAAAGACAGAUCUUGCAGAAACUAAAAAAGCGAUGUCUGAAAAAGUCCUUCAAACCCAGGAAACAAACACAGUUGUCCAAAUGCAAAACAACAUAAAGCAAGAGCACAUUCACAUCCAGCAAGAGGUUAGUAUUACAGAAAGCAAAGUGCAUCAGAAUUUCCAGCAACAGGAAGCAGUUACGGCUCAAAAGCAGGUGACGGUAUCUGAAAAGAAGAAAGAGGUGGCUGUUAAUCAGCAGAACACAGAGGAACCAAAAGAAGAAAGCGGGAAUGUCCCAAUUACAGUGACAGCCGAGUCAGAACAAAAUACUCUGGUUAAGUCUACAACAGAGAGCACAGAGGAGUCUCAAAGGCAAGAGGUCCAAGCAUUAAUCUCUCACAUCACAGACUUAGAAAGCGUUGCAGAAACUACUGAUUCUACAUCUGUCAGGACUCUGCUCAAUACGGUUCCAGAGUGGCUCCUGACUGCCGAGGAAAAAUGUGAACUGGAGGGAUCUGAAACUGAAGAGGAGGCUGAACUCAUGUUUCUAGAAGGUAAUGACACAAUGGAGAAGCAUGAGAGUGAGCCCAUUUCUGAAAAACAUGUCUCUGGUGGGGCAACACAAAGAAUAUCUAAGAUCAGCAUUGGUUCUGCGAAAGUUGAGAGUCAAACGAAGAAAAAGUCAUCUAGUGAAAGAAGGAAGGAAGAGUGGAGCCAGGGCAAGUCCACCGACCUCAGGGCCCCAUCACCGUCUCUGAGGAUGCGCUCUCCCUCACCAACCUUCAUCACUAUUGAAUCCACACGAAGAACUGACUCACCUCAGAGAGUGACCCCAUCACCCACUCUACUGCACAGACCAGCCACGCCUCCCACCCCACCGCCACGCAGGUGUGACACCCCAACGUCUCGCAUCACAAGAAUUACACCGUCUCCCACUUUUGACAAAGCAGAAAAUUUGGCUCGACUGAAAGACACAACAGCCAAGCUCUCACGUGGUGUGACCCCGCCCCCAGUGAUUUUCCCCCAGCAAAUCCCAGAAAAGAAAUCUGAGAUUGUGGAAUCCCCUGCAUCAUUCCAUCGGCAAAUCAAAAUUGAGACCCAAGCUGCAGAGGCCUCAGAAAUAUCAGAUACAACAAUUGCAUCAGAAAAUGACAAAAUAGAUUCUUUGAAGGAGGUUCAGACGGCUGAUGUAAAUCCUGCAAAUGACCAAAAGGACCCAGUUCACAUGCCAGCAUGUUUGGAUGUAGAUGAAAAUGGACUUCAAAGUAAGUCUGAACCAACCACAGAGAGCAGUUCAUCAUUGCAUAAAAAUGACUUGGAUGUUGCUGAGGCUUCGGACAUAUCAGACCUAUUAGAUCUAAGUGCAUCUGAAAAAGAUAAAAAAGAGUUUUUAGAUGAGGCUGAAAUAAAUAAGACUGAUUUGGAAAAGGAUCCAAAUGAUAUCCCUGUACAAUCUGGCCUAGAAAUGGAGGAAUCUGACAAAGAACUAAAAGGAAAAGAAAAAGAUGAGCCUACUAAAGUGGACUUGUCUGAGUCUGAAUCGCCAAAAGAGAAAUUAGAUGUCACACAAGAGCCGGCACCAUUUGCUGAGAACGAGGCCGAGAAUGUAAAAACUGACCACGAAAAAGCGGAUGAUCUAGAACAGGAAAUGGCGACUUUUGACAUCCAGGCUAUUAAAAAUGUGUUCGAAAUGCAUGAGCAAAGUUCUUCAUUGAAACUGGAGAAAAUGAAUGAGGAGGAGCCUGCAUCGAGCUCGAGUGAAACCAGAGCAGACAGUUCAAAGCGGGAGAGCCCCCAAGAGACUAAGGGAAGCUCACGGCAGAGCACCCCCCUCCCUCCCCAGAGAGAUGUGGCAGAAACUGUGCCAGUAGAGCCAUCAGCCCACUCUGAAACCAAAUCAGUUACAGAACAUUUCUCAAAUGUUGAUGAAUUUGGCAACCAGACCAGUGGAACAAGGACCAUCACAACUGUGUCUGAGCACUCAGAAAGUGUGUCAACCCAGCGCCCCCCUUUCUCCUAUGCUGAUGCAGUUAAAAGAAAAGCAGUGAGGCGUACAAACACCUACGAUGAAUCUUCUACUGAGGAGCUGCUGAGGAAUUUCCACAAAACAUGGACAGAGAGCGAGACAGUUUUCAAGAGUCUGGGAUACACCGUCUCUGAAGAGAAAACAUCACAAAUCGUGUCACAUCAGACGGAAACUGUCAUAGCCGAUUCGAGUUCCGAAGUCGGAGCUUUGCACUGUAUGUCGGAGGAGGGUUUAUCCGAUGGAUGCUCUGAUAAUGGACAGAAAAAAGUACCAUAAAACGUGUUUCUGCUGUGAGCACUGCAGAAGUAAAUUGAGCCUAGGCAAUUAUGUCUCUCUCCAUGGACAUUUGUACUGUCUCCCCCAUUACAAACAACUCCUCAAAUCCAAAGGGAACUUCGAUAAUGGACUUGGGCCGAAACCUCCCACAGGAAGUGGU